AGUACUGACAGUUGACAGCUGUUUCAGUGUCGUUUGUCAAAGCUUGGACUUUUAUUUAGAUUUUAGAAUAUUCCAUUUCAGAGAUUUGUUGUAAAACAGUUGCAUUAUUAAUGCGUUUAUGUUUAGUUAUGUUUCCGCUGCUAAAAUAGUUUGUCACACAUAAAAAAAUACAAUAAAAAUAGUGUUUAUGUAUUAGCGGGAUUUAGACGUAAUGUUGCGAACCGUGGUAAGGUUGUCUCCAAAUUUUAUAAUCCCUAUAUUUGGGAACAACCAUGAAUAUGAUCGCGAUGUCCUCAAUCGACCACCAACUCAGAAAUUGGAGACUGGCUGGGAUAGAGUCAGAGCCAUGUAUUCUAAGAAUGAAUAUGAAGAGGUGUCUGUAGAGGUACAUUCUGUGUUGCAGUCAACUUUGUGUGGUGCAUUUUUUGGAGCAUGUUUUGGAGGAUUCUUAAAAUCCCGUGAUGCAUACAUUUACUUUAUUGAAAACAAUCAAGCAACUAUAUUUCAGUCAACUAUGCAGGCUAAGAAAAAGUUGCAAGAUUAUGUGACAAUAGCUUUUGCAAAAGGUGCUUACCAGUGGGGAUGGAAAUUAGGAAUAUUUACUGGAAUGUUCAGCUUAAUAGCAACAACAGUCUCCGUUUACCGGGGUGAUACAUCGCUAGUGGAAUACAUCACAGCGGGAACUAUUACUGGUGCACUGUACAAAGCCAAUUUAGGUCUAGCGGCGACUUUCGUUGGAGCCACUGUGGGUGCUACAUUAAGUACUACUGUUGGAUUAGUUAUUCUGGGAUUACUAAAAGUAACUGGGUUUUCAAUGGAUGAUAUUAGAAGAGCGCUUUACAGAAUUAAAGAAGCUAGGGAAGACCAAUUCAACCAGGCACUCGAUAAAUCCGCAACAAUAAGACAUGACGAUCUGACCAGGCACCAUGAACAAUUAGUCCAAGAAAAAGGGCAACAAAAUGUAGAACAGAUUGAUUAAACAACUAAUUCUCUGCCAGAUUUAUAUUAAAGAAUUUAAAAUAUGUAAAUAUCUGUAGAUGUUAAUAAAUUAUAUUGUUUAUAUUAUUUUUUUAUACCAA